AUGGGCCGGCAGAGCCUGGAAUCCGGCCACGAGAACGCUUGGACGCCCAGGUUUGGCCGGCGAGGUGCGGCGAACGCCGCCAACGGUAUGGCAGAGAUUGUACAUGCCGCCACCAUCAUCUACACUAAUGUUAAGUUUGCUAGGCGACGCACCGAAUUCGAUGCUUUCCUGGAGGAGGAGAAGCAAAAUCAGCUGUUUCGCAUGUUCGCACAUGUGAGCUUCACGCGUGACCCUCGUGCCGGUCGGGAUAUGGUGCCUGAUGAAGUAUGGGCGAAUCAACCUCCCGACCCCGAGAUUGCGCAGUUGGAGGAGGAGCGCACAAAGCUUAAGCAGGGAAGGUAUCGAAUCGAGGAUAGUCAGCAUGAGAGAAUCCGAACACUCAUGGACGAGAUCAGAAACAAGCGGACACAGCGCGAUAGGAUGACUGCAAGACUGGCCGAGAUUCUUUGCCUGCAGCCUGAUGGCUGGACAGAUGGGGAGCUGUUCAAACACAGAGCUGAGGCUAUCGACUUGAUGGUAGCUCUAUGCGAUAAGAAGGAAACAGGCAAAACUAGACGCGCGCAACGGCCAGCCAGGAUCGAGGCUUCUGUCAAGCAAGUGUCGCCGACAGCCGAGCGACGUGGUGAGGCGAUCUGGUGUGGCCAUCCGAAAUGCAGGCAGGAGAAGUUUGACCACGUGGACCAUUUUCGAGGUCAUGUUGAGCUAGUACAUGGAGUGAGCCUCAGGUCAUCGGAACAAUUCGCAAAGAGGCGACAAAGGCAGGCGGCGCGCCGCGAAAAGCAACACAGAGGACGGCAGCAGAAGAAAAUCGCGAAGAAGGCCGCCGCUAAGAUGUGA